AAGCGUUUUGGCUGCUAUAUUUGUUUCCCCGCGACGCGCGCAGUUUCGCCCAUCACAGGAUGGCGGGCGGCGGUGCCGAGGAUGGCGCCUUGAGCCCGGAGGGCGGCGGUGCCGGGGAGGAUGCUGAAGAGGAAGCCGACGGAGAAGAAGAGGAAGCCGACUUAGAAGAAGAGGAAGAGGAGGAGGAGGAGGAGGAGGACGAUGAAGACAUCGAAGAGGAAGAUGCUGAGACCACUCGUGUAUGCUACAUGCGAGAGAAAGUACUGAAUGCCUUGAAGGAUAAGCUGAAGGCUUCUGAGGACCUCACCCGCGCUGCAUUAGACGAGUUGGUGUCGCCGACCAACGUGGACGAAAACGAAAUGAUGGUGCCAGUGGAUGCUGCCAUCGUCAGUGACGCGCUGGAAGACAUGAAUGCGGCGGUAGAUAAGCUCGGCAUCAAGGGGGUGGUGGAGCUCAUCGUCCUGCCCCCAGUGUCCGACGGCUGAGAGAGAGGUACGGUUACCGCGGCUCGUUCUGCUUCCCCAGCUUUGUGAUGUCAUAUCCAAACCAUUAUUUCCACACGUCGUACUACAAUCACGGCUACUGCAUAGUACGAUUGUUGGUCAAGGCGCGGGAGAGCCUCGAGGCGGGGAACCUGGACGUGCCGGAGUCCGAGCGGCCCGUGCCGAUCACGGCGAGGGAAUGGAUGGCCACGGCGGAGGCCCAGGACG